GGCACAAAUUAUUUCGGGCUUUUCAAAGAACGACGCGAUUUUCAUUUAGAAACGAACUGCUGUCGGUAAACGACAGAUUUCUCUUUUUGCACCGUCCUUACCAACCUCUACGAGGUCGUGUCAUAAUGUCAUCUGCACUUUGUCGUCGCCUUGGCACAAGUGCGGUGCGCGCUACGCUGAGAUCACCGCGCCUCGCUUCUGCGUCCAUCUCUACCUCCAUUUCCACAAGGGGCAUCCGCACUGGUAGUCUCUUUACCUCAGCUCCAAGUGUUAGACCACGCCUACCUGCCAGCCAUGCGGUAUUUCGUACUAGUCAAGUGCGCUACAUGGCCGAUAAGGUGGUGAAGUUCCCACCAAUGGCUGAAUCUAUCCAGGAGGGAACUCUCACGCAAUGGCACAAGAAGGUUGGAGAAUUCAUUGCUCGUGAUGAAGUUAUUGCAACUAUCGAAACGGACAAGGUCGAUGUUACUGUCAAUUCUCCGGAAUCCGGUACCAUCUUGGAACUCUAUGCCAACGAAGGAGACACGGUAGCCGUUGGCGCAAACAUGGUCAAGAUUGAACUUGGCGAUGCACCAAAGGAAGGAGCUGCACCCUCACAGCCAGCACCAGAAGCGAAGAAGGAGGAACCCAAGAAAGAGGAGGCAAAGCCUGCUCCAGAGCCACCAAAACCCAAAGCAGAGGCUCCAAAACCACAAGCACCGACACCAGCUCCGCAGAAACAGGCGCCUGCUCCGUCACGUGCUCCGUCGAAAGCUGCUCCAUCUCCAGUCGCUUUCGACGCCGAAGACUUCCCUGGAUACAUGCCUGGCUCGCGUACAGAACGUAGGAUACCGAUGAGCCGUAUGCGAUUAAAGAUCGCAAAGCAUUUGAAAGAGUCACAAGAGACUGCGGCUUCCUUGACCACUUUCAACGAAAUUGACAUGAGCAAUUUGAUGGAAAUGCGUGCCAAGUACAAGGAGCUUGUUGCUGAGAAGCACGGCGUGAAGCUCGGAUUCAUGGGUGCCUUCAUCAAGGCUACCAGUUUGGCGCUCCACGAGGUUCCUGGUGUUAACGCUGCCAUUGAAGGGGAUGAGAUUGUCUAUCACGACUACGUGGACAUUAGCGUUGCUGUUGCUACUCCAAAAGGGCUGGUUACACCUGUUCUUCGCAACUGCGAGACGUUGUCAAUUGUCCAAGUGGAGAAGGCUAUGGCUGCUCUUGGAAAGAAGGCCCGUGAUAAUCAAAUUACCAUUGAAGAUCUGGCUGGUGGCACAUUCACUGUUUCGAACGGCGGAGUCUUUGGUUCAUUGUUUGGUACCCCCAUCAUUAAUCAACCUCAAUCAGCCAUCUUGGGUAUGCAUGCCACAAAAGAGCGACCUGUCGUCGUGAAUGGAAAGGUUGAGAUUCGUCCUAUGAUGUACGUUGCACUGACCUACGACCACCGUGUGAUUGAUGGUCGUGAGGCGGUAACGUUUUUGGUCAAGUUGAAAGAGUUGAUUGAAGACCCCAGGCGGAUACUGCUGGACCUCUGAGCAGCCCUCAAGAGAGCAACGGAUGUGGCGGGCGUUUACAUUGUUAGAUUAGGACACACUGAAAACUUUUCUUUUCACUUGAUUGUGCUAGGCGUCAUCUCGUGCCUAUGUGCCUCAUAGAUUGCGUUCCCAUUUUUAUUGUGCUCACAGAAGGCUGCUGCGAGCUGUCUAUUUGCCUCUGGCUUGAUGUGCAGCGUCGGCGGUAAGAAAACUGCGGUAAAACGUUAUAUAUAUUACUUCGCAGACAAAAUCCAGUAUCUACAAAAAGGUCGUAUCCUUUCAACUGCACGUGUUGAAAACACGGUUGCCCUUCCCAACGCGGGA